AUGGUGAACUCGCUGCUGUUCGGGGAGAUGGCCUUGGCCUUCGGCUGCCCGCCGGGUGGCGGCGGCGGCGGGCCCGGGGGCUGCCCCGGCGGGGGCGGCGGCGGCGGCGGGGCCGGGCCCGGGCCGUCGCCGGUGACGGCGGCGCUGCGGGACGACCUGGGCUCCAACAUCCACCUCCUCAAGGGGCUCAACGUGCGCUUCCGCUGCUUCCUGGCCAAGGUGCACGAACUGGAGCGGCGCAACCGGCUGCUGGAGAAGCAACUGGAGCAGCAGCAGAGCGAGCGCGAGCGGCGGCUGCGCUACAAGACCUUCUCCCGCGAGCAGGCCGUGCAGACCGGGCCGGAGCUGCUGCGGCCGCCGGCGCCCGGCGGCGGGCCGGGCAGCGGCGCGGCGGCCGGCGCCAACGCCAACCAAGCCGCGGCCCUGGGCGGCCUGCCCCCCGGUGGCGGCUCGCACCCGCAGUACUACGGCCGCCUGCCCGGGACCAUCUGGAGCUACACGCAGGUGCGGCGCACGGGCGGCGGCGGCGUGGAGACCGUGCAGGGCCCCGGAGUGUCGUGGGUGCACCCCGACGGCGUGGGCGUGCAGAUCGACACCAUCACGCCCGAGAUCCGCGCGCUCUACAACGUGCUCGCCAAGGUGAAGCGCGAGCGCGACGAGUACAAGCGGAGAUGGGAGGAGGAGCUCGCCAAGCGCGUGAACCUGCAGACCAUGGUGGACACGCUACAGGAGGCAGCGCAGGAGGCGGAAGCCAUCCAGGAGGAGAUGAACGAGAAGAUUGAGCGUCUCAAGGCCGAGCUGGUGGUGUUUAAGGGGCUCAUGAGUGACCCCAUGACAGACCUGGACACAAAGAUCCAAGAAAAGGCCAUGAAGGUGGACAUGGACAUCUGCCGCCGGAUCGAUAUCACGGCCAAGCUGUGCGAUGUCGCACAGCAGCGGAACUCGGAAGACGUGUCCAAGAUCUUCCAGGUGGUCCCCAAAAAGAAAGAGCGUAAGGUGGCUUCCGAUGACGACAUCUCCGAGCAGGAUGGGGAGGUGAACCGGUUCUCGGAUGACGAGGUCGGCUCCAUGAACAUCACAGACGAGAUGAAGCGCAUGUUUAACCAGCUGCGGGAGACCUUUGACUUCGACGAUGACUGUGACAGCCUGACUUGGGAGGAGAAUGAAGACACUCUGCUGCUCUGGGAGGACUUCACCAACUGCAACCCAAGCCUUGACUUGCAGGGCGAGCAAGAGGAAAACCUGGGCAACCUGAUCCACGAGACUGAAUCCUUCUUCAAGACGAGAGACAAGGAGUACCAGGAGACGAUCGGCCAGAUUGAGCUGGAGCUGGCCACGGCCAAGAGCGACAUGAACCGACACCUGCACGAAUACAUGGAGAUGUGCAGCAUGAAGCGGGGCCUGGACGUGCAGAUGGAGACGUGCCGCCGGCUCAUCAAAGGCUCCGCAGACAGGAAUUCGCCAUCCCCGAGCUCCGUGGCCAGCAGCGACUCAGGAAGCGCAGACGAGACCCAGGACGACUUUGAGCGGGAGGCGGACGUGGAGCCCAUGGUCAGCUGAUGACUGAGGCACGCCCCGCCCCGGCCCGCGCCUGGUGGUCUGGGGCGGGGCCUCUGCACGCCUCUCCCCACGGGGCCAGGAAGUGGGGCUCCCAGCCCUGACCACGCAGACUUCCUACGCCCUACCUUCUCUGGAGGCCCCAGGGACCGCUGCUUCCUUCCUUCCUUUCUCCGCCCACCACCAACCAGUGCCCCUUCUCCAUCACCCACCCAAGGAAUGGUGCUGUCAAUUUCUAUUGUUCUCCACAUGACAAGUGCAGACUUCUGUCCGGACGAUGCAGCGCUAACUGUGCCUUUUCCCUUCAGCUGAGCCACUUUGAGCUCCAAAGAAUUAUUCCUAGCAGGUGUUUUUAUACAAAACUCUAAGGUGAGGGCGGGGGUGGGGGGCUCCCCCUGGGUGUGGUCAAUGCCUUUUUCUACCCUCCCACCUGCUCCUCUGAUUGGCCAUGAGCUCUGCCUUCCCUCCCCUGCUGGAGUUGAACUUGGGAUGGUCCACCUCCCCGCCAGGAAGGCGCUGUUUGCCUUCACCUUUCCAGGCCUGGGUGGGGACUUCCCGAGGGGGCGUUGCAUUUACGAAGGGGAGAGGAUAGAAGGAGGGAGGGAAGGACAAAUUUUUCUUUGUUUUUGGAUCGAGUGGCAAAGCAGAGGGAGAAGGCACUGUCGGGGAAGGUGGAGCCUCACUGUGUUUAAACUACUAUGCAAAACAACAAAACAAAACAAAAAAAAGCAGCUUGCCUUAUACCUUUGUGGGAGGCGGGCCCGCUCCCAACUAGCUCCCGGGUUUUCCUGGAGCUGGGAAGGAGGCAGAAGCUAGGGUGAUCUCUCUCUCUGUUUCUCUCGCAGCCUCUGCGGGUGAGCACUGACUUGGGAGGGGGUUUGGUCAAGGUUGGAAGCGAGGUGGGGGUUCUGAGGACCUCGGCCACCUGACUGCUUGCUUUCU